AGGAUUAUUCAAGAUAAAGUUGUAGCCAUUUUCAACAAGGAUCAAUGAUCAAAAUUGUUCUUUUUAAGAAGAAAUUCCCAAGUUAAAGAUGAAAGGAAAAUACUGGAAUUGUUUGGAUUCUAACUGACGAGAUAAAGAAUAUAGUAUUUCACAGUUACUUGUAAUGGAACCUUAGUAAAAUUCAUCACUUGUCAUGCACCCAACUGGGAACAUGGAUGUUGGUUUUUCUCGUUCUUCCAUUCAAACACUGUCAAGAAGCCACUGCAAAAACAUCAAACAAAAAAUUUCUCAAUGGGAAGGAAGAACUAAUGGUAUAUCUAAUCCAGAUAGGUGGCAUCCAAAGGACUUUGGAGUGAGAUAUAAUAACCGUCAUCAAGAGAUUCUUCUUAAGAAAAAUCCUGUUGCUGAGGGAAAGAGCAGAAAGUUGGAUGUAACCAACUCUCAAAAUGUCGGUCUAGAUAUUAAUGAAGAUGCCAAAAGCCACAAUCAAAGUGAGGAUGAAAGUGAGAAACGUGAAUAUGAUGAUACAUGCUUCUUUAAAAAUAAAUCAGAAUCCGAUUGGGUAUGUUCUCAGGUCAAACAAAUUGAAAGCUGGAAAGAUGUUGUUUUGGAUCCAGAGACUUCAUUACCUCCAGGAAAUUUCUAUACCUCACAAAUAUUGUGGAAGAAAAUAGAAGCACUUCCCCCAGAUAAAGUCUUAAAUUUGGCUUUAGAACAUUGUGACUCUUCAGAAAAAGAACUGGAUUUCAGAUUUCCGGAUGGUUCAUAUGGAAUAACCAAGAGCUUAGAAAAUAUUUACUCUGAACCUGAGGGACAAGAAAGUGGACUUUCUAUAAAUCCUUUGCCAAAACCUCGUAGGACAUUCAGAUAUUUAUCUGAAUCUGGUGUUACGCCAUAUAAAGAAAGAAACUGUGACAGAAAAUACUGUGAAAAUAAUUCUUGUGCAGAGUCUUCUUUGGCCUCUUCUGGGGACCCUGAACCAAAGAAAUAUGGCGGAAAAAUCAAAGGGAGAUCUAAAAGGAAAUCUUUUGAAUUUGAGGAUAUUCAGCACUUUCGAAAUCGGAACUCACAGAAGAUUGAUGAAGAACUUGGAAGAAAUUCUGGCUCAACACUUUAUUACACACAGUCUGAGGACAGUAUCUAUGAGGAUAUCAUAUAUCCCACCAAAGAAAAUCCAUAUGAAGAUAUUCCAGUGCAGCCUUUGCCCAUCUGGAGAUCCACUUCAGCAUGGAAGCUACAGCCCCCUAAAAGUGCUUUCAAAGCACCCAAGCUUCCUCCCAAACCUCAAUUCCUUCAGCGGAAGACUAUGGAACUGAAGAACUCACAAGCUUUUUUACGGUCAAAACUCACAAAGGAUACCACUUUGCCCGUCACGUUAACUGAAUGGAAGCUUUUCCGAGCUGGAGAAGUUGCAAAUAGGAAAAGGAAAAAUCUUCCAAAGCUUGUAUUGAAAAUAGAUGACAUAUUUGAAUCUAAGAGAGGGAAGAAGAGGGUAAAGUUACACCCUUACCCUGGAAAAGACUUACCUCCUUCAAAAGGUGAAACCAGUGGGAAUGAAAGUGAUGCUGAGUAUCUGCCAAAGAAUCGCCACAAGCGCUUGGCACAGCUGCAGCAAUCUUCCAAGAGAAAUCCUCACUACCAGACCUUAGAGCGGGAUCUUAUCGAAUUACAGGAGCAGCAGCUGUUUGAACUUUUUGUGGUGGUGUCGCUACAGAAGAAACCAUCAGAAAUAAACUAUAUCCCCCAGGUCAUACAACAAUUCCCUAGCAAGGGUGAUCAUGGCUUUAAGCAAUCCAAAGACACUGAAGAGAGGCUCAAAGUUAUCCCAAAAUUUUGUUUUCCUGAUUCAAAGGACUGGGUGCCAACCUCAGAACUCAAGAGUGAAACGUUCUCCUUCGUCUUGACUGGUGAAGAUGGGAGCCGGUGGUUUGGUUACUGUAAGAAGCUCUUGCCAGAAGGCAAAGGAAAGCGACUCCCUGAGGUGUACUGCAUGGUUAGUCGCCUGGGCUGCUUCAACCUUUUUUCAAAGAUUCUGGAUGAAGUAGAGAAAAGAAGAGAAAUGUCUCCAGCCCUGGUUUACCCAUUCAUGCGAAGCGUCAUGGAAGCUCCUUUCCCAGCUCCUGGACGCACCAUCACAGUUAAGAGCUACCUCCCUGGGGCCGGAGAUGGUUCAAUUGAACUCUGCCGACCACUGGAUUCCCGACUGGAACAUGUUGACUUUGAAUGUCUCUUUAAGUGCCUGAGUGUGUGUCAUCUCAUCCGGGUCUGUGCCUCUCUCCUUUUGGAGCGGAGGGUAAUCUUUGUUGCUGACAGCCUAAGCACCCUGUCAAAAUGUGGCCAUGCUGUGGUGGCCACACUGUAUCCAUUCACCUGGCAGCAUACCUACAUCCCAGUCCUGCCAGCAUCUAUGAUCGACAUUGUGUGCUCGCCUACGCCGUUCUUUAUUGGAAUCCUGUCUUGCUCCUUACCACAGCUUCAGGACCUACCCAUUGAAGAGGUACUGAUAGUUGAUCUCUGUGCAGACAAGUUCUUGCAGGAGGUAUCUGAUGAGGAUGAAAUUUUACCACCUAAACUCCAAGCUGCCCUGAUGCAGAUUUUGGAAGAACGAAAUGAAAUCUUGGCUCAAGAGCAGAAUUUUUCACAAGCAGACGUGACGCUCAACUCUCUGGUGUCCGAAGCAUUUGUCAGAUUUUUUGUGGAGCUGGUAGGACAUUAUUCUUUGAGCAUGACUGUCACUGAGCGUGGGGAGCGUGUAUUCCAAAGGGAGCCAUUCCGUAAAUCCCACACCUCCCGAAGUGUACGCCACUUCCUGGAUCUCUUCAUGGAAACUCAGAUGUUUGCAGGAUUCAUCCAGGACCGAGAGCUUCGGAAAAGUGGAGUGAAAGGUUUGUUUGAGGUCCGGGCCCUCCAGUAUUUGGAAACAAUUCCUGAAUCUGAGCCCAGUGGGGUGAAUAGAAUUUUGCGGAGUCUUGGAAGUAAAAUGAAAUUUCUGCAGAAGAAAUGAAAUCUUUGAUUGACUAUCUCCAUCCUAAAUAGAACAGAUAAUGCCAAAGAAAAUAUUUUCAGAAAGUCAGGAUGCCGUGAAGUAUUCUACAAAAUCCUUGAAAGUUGAAAAGGUUACCAAGUGGGCCAGGUUCUUGGAGGAGGAUUCUGCUGUUCCUGCCGUAGUAAUCACUGGAGAAUUGUUGGGAGUAAUCUGGAACCAAUGCUGUCUCUACUCUGCCUCCGAUUUUCUUUAAGUAUUUGAUUCUUGGGUUCAUUCUUUGUGUUUUGUGCUUAGACUAUGAAAGCACUUGAAUUUUACAAGCGAAAGACUUAGUGUUGCAUUUUUAAAAAAAACAGCUCAAAGAUGAGCACAAUGAGAGAAAUGCUGAGUUUAAGGUACUAGAGAGGCAUGCUAGAAGUGGAGAACACUAGCCCUACACACAUAAUUCUCAUCACUGAAACACCAUGGCAGCUUUAAACCUAUGGGCUGUUUGAGCUGAGCUAAGGAAUAUACUCAUCAUAUAUAUCCUUUUUUUUUUUUUUGUCUAAUGUUCUGUCUAGGGGAAUUUCACUUAUGCAGAAGCCCUAUUUAUUAGCAGUAUUACUGAGUAUCUUAUACAAGUA